AAAUAAGAUAAGAAACUAAACUUGUGAAAAAUUAUUGUAUCUGCCAACAACGACGCCCGUCAGCAAUCACAGUUCCGUAUCCUCCACUGCUGCAGUCCAAACUUUGCGUCAAGUGCUGUGUUUUUAUUUGUAGUGUUGUUUUUUCGAGUGUUUCCGGUUAAGUGUAAAUCGGAACUUUGUAUUUACUAAAACUAGGAGAACCCUGUGAGCCACGUGAAUAGCCAUGUUCGACGAAUCGUUUGGCUCAGAAAGCCCUGAGCGUUCGCCUUCACCUCCUCCAGCUCAGCCCGGAGCGUUGCGUCGGGUGACCGAUUGCAAUUUCUUGUCCGCAAGAGCUCUCCGAGAUGGGACACCUCCCAAAGCUGCCGGCGGGGAGUAUGACCCGGAAGAAAUCUCAGUGCAACGGGAAAUGGGAGAAGGUAUUCACCAGAUGAUAGCUUCAGCAGAAAUCGAGGAACAACCGAAACCAACGACGAAGAAACGCAUCAUCCGGCGGAUCGUGCGCAAGGUCAAGAAGAAGGUUGGCCCCAAGAAGGAUGAAAAGUUCUAUCUGCGGACGGCAUUUGACUUGUUGGAUCGGGACCAGGAUGGUCACGUGACACCGGAGGAGCUGCAGUUCAUGCUGCGGAAUCUCGGAAUCCACGUGCGCGACGAGCUGAUCGACGACCUGCUGCGGGAAGCCAGCCGGACGGGUAGUGGACUGAUAGACGAAACCGAGUUCCUCCAGUGGGUCGCCCGCAUCCAGGCCAUCAAGGAAGAGAGCAGCAAUAGCAGCAGCAGUAGCAGUAGUAGCCACGGAACAACGACGGCGGCAGACGAUGACCUCACCCAGGAUCUGGUGGCGGCCUUCAGAGUAUUCGACCGAGACGGCAACGGUUACAUCACCCGCGACGAGCUCAAAUCGGCGAUGGACAUGAUCGGUGAAAAUGUGACUGAAAUGCAGCUCAACGAAAUGCUGGAGCUGGCCGAUGCCGACAAGGAUGGCCGAAUCAACUACGAAGAAUUCGCUCGACUGCUGCUGUAAGUAAGCUCCGAUUCGAUCCGACAAGAAUACGACUCAAAUCCACACACCUUACUAUCGCAACCCAUCGAAUUCGGAUGCUAACCACCUUUAAAAUAGAUGCUGGUUAACAGUGUGGUUCUACGACGUCGGCUGAUGGUUAGCAGGCAGAAAACUCUUGCGUUAUUAUGGGAGCUGAAGUGAAUAAAAAAAUUGUUAAUAUGGAUUGGGAGGACCGCGUAUGAACACAUAUUUGCGUGCAGGAACGAGUGUGAUAUCUUAAUAUUUAUACAUAUGCAUGUAUUCCCAGUCCCCACGAGGCUUUGGAAAGAGCGAGAUUUUACCUGUUUGUUUGGAGCGCUCCGAGUUAUAUAAGCAAGCUAGUAGAGGAUGACGAGAUGCUUAGGAUUUCGGUUUUAAGUUUUUGCCUCUAACGAUAUAGGAAUAAAGACACACACAUAGUUUGAACUUUCCGUUUGUUAAGGUUUCGAACUUUUUAGGUUAACUCGCGAUGAGUCAAAAUCUUAGCAUAUUACUUUUUAGGGGUAGGGUUUUGUGAAAUUUCAACUAACAACCAGUGACUGGAAAUAUUAUUGAUGAUGCUAUUAUUGGGAAAACUACAAAAAAGCUGUCUAGUUAUCUAAAUGUGCAAACUGUUACUUGAGAAUUGAAACAAAAAAAAACAAUGUAUAGAAUGUAAGCAUAGUCUAGGGUUGUCUUUUUUAUUAUUUUGGCGCCAUUUUCGUUCGUUUGAUUGUUGUUGUUAUAAUCCAUGAGAAAUUAAAUUAUUAAAAGUGUAGAUGAAAAACUAUAACCAAACUAAAAAUCGAGAACAUGAACAUAAACUCCAGGUUACCUAGAAUAAUCCCAAAGAAUAUACACAAAAAUAAGUUGCUGCGUUCUUAAAAAAAAACAAUUCGAGGUUAUGUUUAAAACGGAACCAAUAUGAAGAAAGGACACCAUUGUAUACUUCCCUCUUUUCCACAAGAACCAAAAAUCGAUCAUUAUCUGAACUUUAUACCAUGUGUUUCCAAACAAGAUUGACUGAUUCAAACCACAGGCACACAUAAACAAAUAUUGUCAGGAUGAAGUAGGGUUGAGUUUCUGUAGCAUGAUUUUGUUAUACUCCUUAAUUAAUAAACGAGAGCAAACUACUAAACAUUUAAGACGAUGAAAAUGUGGGAAAAGCAUAUACGUUUACUGCUAAACUAAAGAGAGAUAUCAUAUUAUCGAGCAAAGAAAAAAAAACAUAUUGGAACUUACACGUAGGACAACAUUAACACGCUCAUGAGUUUUUUUUUAUUUUUCGAAAAAAAAUUCAGUGCACUUUCCAAUAAACACGCGAUUGAUUUUAUUCAUUCACGAGUUUGAUCCACAUUUUUUACACUUCAACAUGUUAGGGUUUUUUAAAAACUAAAUAAAACUAUUUUUUUUUAUCGUGAAAACCCCGAACCACUUUUGUGUCAAAUUUACGGUAGAUUCAAAUGUUCGUAAACUUUAGUAAAACGAGAUUUUAGUUGAUUCUAAUCUGAAAACUAAAAGCUUCCAAAGGUACCGAAAUAUUCACCUACACCAACCAAAAACUAACACAAACACGCAUGGCAGAUCAGCUUAAACAUAACCUCACCUUUAAAACCAAAAUCUUAAACCACCUUCUAGAGGAACAGCAAUUAUAACCACCCUAUACUUAUAUCGAUGAACAACCUAAUGAUAACCACCACACCUUGUACACAGAAAAAAUUGUAAAAAAUUUGCAACAAGAAAAGAAUGCUUAGUAACAGGCGCGAUAGAAGCAAAGACAAAAAAAAGAAAGAAACACAAACAACAAAUUCAUUGCUAAUAAAUAGGUAGAAGCUUCGAGCACACCGAGCGGCGCAGUUCGAAAUUGCAGAAAUGCGACAUUGGAUUUUUUAAGAAGUUUGGAUUGUGAUACUUUUUUAUCGGAUCAAUCUUCAUCAAUUUGAAGUUUAAAUAUUCUGAAGUUAUUUUGGAUAAGCUGAAAUAGGCUUUACAGAAAUUCGGCACACAAACCGACGGAAUAGUUUGAAAAGUUAAAUGUUUUUCAUAUAGGGUAACUACCCUGUCAGAAAAUUUGGUUUAUUUUUGGUCAGAUUGCUCUACCUCAAAACAAAAACUGAAUAUUUUUGUUUCGAAAUAGGUCUGUUUGUUCCGAAAAUUUCUCUUCAUCAUCCCAAAAUAAACAUUCAUAAAAAGUAUGUUGAAAAUAAAAACAUUUAUCAAAGCUGUACGGUGUGCUCGGCUAGAAAUAGAAUCACAAUGUUAUGUAGUUGUUGUUAUUAUUGAACAGAAAAAAAGCAAAUAACACAGACAGAAAUAAAACGUGAACAAAUCAAAACCAAAUAAAAAAAAUAUUCGUUAGAAAUCAAGAAAAAUAUUUUUCAACCAAGUUGAAGUUGAAUGCUUUUUUAUACAUACGCGUUGUAAUCCACACCCCCAGAUGAUUAUUGAAAAGAAUAAAAAAAAAAAACACUAACAAAACCCAAGGUGAAUUGCCUUUGAAGGCACCUCACAGUUUUCUCGAUAAAAUUAAGAUUGAAAUGACGAGAAAUACACAUUUAUGAUCGAGUUGGGUUUCAAAUCAAUAACGCAAAAAAAAAACAAAAAUUGAAUUGACUGAUUUUUACACGGAGGAAAGGACAACACACAAUAGCAAAGCUGUAUGGCAAAUUAACUUGCCAUUAGGGUGAUUUUUGUAGCCAGCCGAAAGGAAGAAGAACAAAUCGAAACGAGACAAAACGGAAACUUUUUUCGCAAUAUUUUUAGAGGGAUUAUUUUAGAAGAAAAUUUUAAACAACCGUCGAAUUUCUAUAGGGGAAACAAACUCGAAACAAAACAUUGUUCAAGCUCUUCGUGUAGAAAAGAGGCAACGCCCAUUUUCAUCGGAGGGAAAUAGAAAGCAACAUUUCUUAAAAGGUACAGUGAUUCUUUGAAAAAUAAAUACCCCCGUCAAAACUCAUUUAUUCCACAUUACCCCUGUCCAGAUCGAGAGCACCAACUUUGACUCUUUCAGCACAGAAUAUUCAUGCAGCAUCUUGAAAUCCCUCUGACUUCGACAUGAUGACCCUGACUUGAGCAGAUUCAGACUUUUAAAAAACCUAAGAACCCUUUAAAAACCUUCAAAAAUCUUAAAAAUUCAAAUUCGGAAUUUAAAAAAUUCAAAAUGGGUUUUCACAUGAAGAUACCUCCUGUUUAAGGAAAUCGAAAGUCUCAAACAGCACCAUUACAUGACCUAUACCAAUAUGGUAAAAUGCCAUUGUUAAUCAAAACACAUUUACGAUUCCCAAAAGUGAUUUCUAAAAUCGCUGAUUGAUCAGAAAAACAUCGAACGGCGAACCCUACCUGACCCGACUAAAUCGGAAGAAAAGCGCAGUCAAUUUCCUAUCGGGAUGGGUUUAAAAAUAAUCAACUGUGGUAGAUCCCAGAUAGGAAAAUUGGCCACGAAUCGGUCCAAGUUUGGUCCGUUCAACCGACUAAAUGUGUGAAAUAAUCACCAGACGGAUAGAAGUUUGAAUAAAAAAAAGUCCUACCGAUUAACGCUUCCAGACCACAACUAAAUUCACUUACGUUAAUAUAUCCUAGCUUCAAGAUUUUUAACAUAUCAUUUCCUGCGUGAUUCCUUCCGUUAAUCGCAAAGUUUGUGCGUACGUAUGUAGAAAAAUUACCAAACAGAGAAUGUUCCAAAAAAUUCAAACAAAAAGUCACUAACCAACCACCUACAAAAACCCUUCAAGCUGUUCUGGCAAUUAUCAGCCAACAAAAAUUAUCAACAGCCCAGAUUUAGACAAUGUGAAAAUAUUAAAAGAAAACCAAAACAAAAGCUCAUAGAACUUAAACUAGAAGAAUCAUGCAAACAACAACUUUGAACGCAGGUUAAAAGAAAAGGAAAAGCAUUACUGAAGAGAGUAAAUAAAUUUGUGGCCUUUUUUAUUAUUCAAAUGCGACACGAGGAAAAGCGUGAAGUCAAACAGGAAAAUAAAUUAAAUAUUGUAUGUAUUGAAAUAAAAAGUAAAAAAAAAACAAAGCAAAGAUUGUUACGUUUUUUUUUUCUUAGCGCAGCGUAUUCGCCGUUUUUUGAGUUGAGAGCUAGUUUUAAUGAUUGAGUUGUUUUCUGAAAUUCUUUAUACAAACGCAUUCGUGUGGCACGAAAAAAAAAUUGCAGAACAAAGCUGCGAAAAUAAAACAAAUAUUCGAAUAAAAACAACAACAUUUUGAACGCCGUUAUAGUUCGAAAAAUGAAAAAAUAAUGUUGAAGAAAGGUAAUGACAAAGUGAAAAGGAGUUCGCGAAAAAUAUCAAAAUAAAUUAAAAAAAAGAACAUUAAUACUGAACUCCAACUGACUACCUAUUUGUUGUAUGCGUACAAACAAAUAGAGGAAACGUAUUUAUUGAAAAGACGCAAUCUCGGCAGAGCAACUACCAACUUCAAGCUGAAGAAUUAAAGUCACUAAACUGAUGUGGCGAUCCUGAUGUAUAAGUAAUGCUGCGCUGGGCGGAGUAAAAGAACAGAACAAACCAAAAAAGUGCGGCAACUUUAAUGCAUAUAAAAAAACAGAAAAUGCAUUCAAUAAUGGAAUAAAGCAUAUGUUAUUUUAACA